AUGAGAGCUCUAAGCAGCGUCGGCGUCGGGCUGGCCGUGGUGUCGUCGCUGCUUCUGCUAGCGAUCACCGCGGAGCUCUACUACAUCUUCGUACACAAGCGCCGGCAGCGGCGGCGCGCGGCUGCCAUCUCCGACGCGGCGUCGUCCCCGUCCUCGUCCUCCCGCGAGCUGCUCCAGCUCUUCUGCUUCAAGAAGCCGACGUCGGCGGCGCUCGCGUCCACCUACGCCGUCCCCGAGCCAGCCGUCGCCGUGGCCGUGGCCGUCGGCGUCAGUGGCGACGGCGGCGGUGCCGACGACGACGAAGACGAGACGGUGGAGGCGCAGCAGAUGCGGCUCGGCAGCCUCGUCGGGCCCACGCGGCUGCUGUUCACCAUCAAGGAGGAGACCCGCGAGGACCUCGAGUCCGAGGACAGAGGGCGGCGCAGCCAGAACCGCAGCCGCAGCCGUAGCCUCGGCGAGCUGCUGCAUUGCGCUGAGACGCCACCGUUCCUCACGCCCAGAACCUCGCCGUCGCCGCUGCACACGGCCGCGAUGAACAACUCCAACAACCCGCUCUUCGAGUCCCCGGCAGCCAGCCCGGGCCCGGGCACUGCGCCGGCGGUGUCGCCACCGCCCAAGUUCCAGUUCCUCCGAGAUGCCGAGGAGAAGCUCUACCGCCACGCGCUCGCCGAGGAGGAGGCCAUGAGGGCGCGGAGGUCGCCAAGGUCGCCGGCGGCCACUGCCGAGGAGGAUGGUGGGUACAUCACCAUCGUGGUGGCCAAGAACAACCCCGCCAUCCCCAUGCCGUCGCCACCCGCCUGCGCCGCCGCCGGCGGCCAUUAGUGAGCGCGCGAUUGAUGAGCAGAGCUGUU